AUGGAUUAUUUUCUUCUGCUCAUUUCUUUCUUUCUUUUUUUCUUUCUUUUUUUUUCUUUUUUUUCUUUCUUUCUCUCUGUCUAUCUAUCUAUCUAUCUAUCUAUCUAUCUAUCUAUCUAUCUAUCUAUCUAUCUCAUUUCUUUCUUUCUUUUUUUCUUUCUUUUCUUUCUUUUUUUCUUUUCUUUCUUUUUUUUCUUUUUCUUUCUUUCUCUCUGUCUAUCUAUCUAUCUAUCUAUCUAUCUAUCUAUCUAUCUAUCUCAUUUCUUUCUUUCUUUUUUUUUUUUCUUUUUUCUUUUUUUUUCUUUCUUUCUUUCUUUUUUCUUUCUUUCUUUUUUCUUUCUUUCUCUCUCUCUGUCUGUCUGUCUAUCUAUCUAUCUAUCUAUAUGUCUGUCUAUCUAUCUCUGUUUGGUCAUUAUCUAUCUUUCAUCGUUCAUUCUAUUUUUGAUAUCUAUCUAUCUAUCUAUCUAUCUAUCUAUCUAUCUAUCUAUCUAUCUCUGUUUGGUCAUUAUCUAUCUUCCAUCGUUCAUUCUAUUUGUCACUACCUCUUUCUAUAUUGAUGUUUAUUUUUUGUUAUCUCUGCACGAUCUAUCUAUCUAUCUAUCUAUCUAUCUAUCUAUCUAUCUAUCUAUCUAUCUAUGCCAGUCUUUUAGUAAUUACCACCGUCGAUAUCUAUCUAAGAUCGCUUGUAAUUAA